AUGCAUCAUGCACCCACCCCGCAUCCACUCGGCGCAACGUCGUCGAGAUCCUGUGUGCCUGGCGGGUCGGAGAGGUUCUUCCAAGGCUUUCAUCUCUUGUAUACGCAAUAUUUGCCACCGGGGCCUGUUCAACGUGCGAAGCUCUGGCACCAGGACACUUCUCAACACCUCCUUUGGGUUUCCGUGCGCUCGAACCGCCAGCCAGCACACGAGGACAUCGCACUCGACGUCCAGCUAGCCGCUUGCCCCUCUCGCGCUCGUUGUGCCGUACCUAUCAUCACAGAGAAGCCGUUCGCCCUCGUCUUCGACCUCCACAGCUCGUACUACCCUUCCAAUUCCAACGGACCUAGUCUGCCUCCUUCAAUGUCUGCAGCCGAGUUCUUGUUUGGAAAAGGGGUCAUUGGAGUCCGCUCAGAGAGGCAGCGAAGUCCUGUAGGGUCGAUGAAUUGUGUUGUAUCGACGACGGAUAGAGACUCGGGCUUGACGUCCGUGAAUUAG